CUGAGUCUGUGUGUGCAUUAUGUAUGUGUGUGUAUUAUGUGUGUGUGUAUUGUGUGUGUAUGUGUGUGUGUGUUUGUUUAGGGAGGGUGCCUCUGUUUCCUCAGGAUAACACAUCAGCAUCUGGUAGCAAAUGAAGUGCCGGUGGCCGACAUUCCAUCAGACCUGUCUGGCAUCUCUGAAAAAGAAACACACACACACACUCACACACAUACACACACACACACACCCUCGCUGCUUCUGUGGACCCUCACACACUGGAAUGGCACAGCAGUGAAGCGCCUGUCCACUGGAGCUGAAGGACGAUCCCACGGCCAUUUUGUUUCCCAGUGUUGAACCCUUCUAGAGCCAACAUGCCCAUCCUGAAGAAGCUCCCAGGGAGGUCCAGGAGUAACCUCAGCAAUGGUGAUGUGAUGCUCAAGAAUAACCAUGACAACAGUGAAACAAUGCUACAGAGUAACCACGGCAACGGCGAGCUCAUCCUUCCGCCGUCCAGCCUCAACCCCUUCGACGACAUGGACCUAGACGUGGGUUGGAAUGAGGAAGAAAGCGGGGUAUGGGAGAGAGGGCGGGGCCUGACGAAGUUGUCACGUGAUGGCGAGGCACUGGAGAACGAGGUGAACGCGGAGCUGCAUGGAGGGCUGAAGAUCACGGACAGGUCAAAGGGCAGCUCUCCUCUGAGAGGGACUCUGGAGCGCAUUUGUGGCUCGUCACCGCUGAAGACGUUGGGAAAACUGAGCAAGGGGCUGCGCAUGACUGGACGAAACGUGUGGAGCAACACCUUGCCGGCCACGCCCACUACCGGGAAGGAGAAGAAGAAGAAGAAGAAUCAUAGGAGACCAUCUGAGGAGAUCAUGACCUUGCUGAGGCUGGCGGGGCGGAGGAAGAAGAGCGAGCGGAGGGAGAGUCUCCCCGAGGGGGAGGUGAAUGGUGAGGAUGACGAGGACGCUGACCGUCGACCCUCGUUCCUGCGCAGCCUGAGCAAACUCCGCGGAGACUCGCUCACCAGCCGCGACUCCCAGGAGGCCGAGCGGGAGAACCCAGAGGAAGAGACGCCCAUCAAACGCAGGGAGCCGCUCUCAGUCCUUGAAAUCCUGCAGCUGGUGAAUCAGAGAGACCUCCUGCUGGCCGACACCCACAUCCAAGAGCUGGAGAGAGAGUGUGAACUCGACCCCACCCUUUUGCAAACCCCGCCCACCACACCCAUUGCUACAACCCCUCCCCUUCCGUCCUCCCCUCUGUGGCUCCCCCUGCCAGGCCAGUGCGAUGACGAGACUCCAAGCGCCUGGGACGCGAGCCUGAGGAAAGUUAAAGAUGUUGAGUUGCUCUACGAGGCGCUGCAGAGAGAGAUGUGGGAUGUGGUGCGUGAGUCACUACGGCAACCAUGUGCCGGCCCCCAGCUCGGCCUAGUCGUGCUUGUGAUCCAGCAGGAGGAGCACGCUGACCGCGUCUGGGCCCUGCGUCAGGAGGCUCAGUCUGAGCUCCGUGAUGGGGCCCAGCCUGACCUGCAUGAGAAAGCCCAGUCAGACCUGCGUGAGAGGGCCCACUCUGACCAGCGCCAGGAGGCCCAGUCCAACCUGUUCGAGGGCGUCCGUUCCACCAAACGUCCCCGGAGGCUGAGGCAAAAGUGGGCAGAGGCAGUGGGAGAGGCUGCUGAUUGGUCACUGCCACAGCCUGGGGGUAUCACAGCAGGACAGAUGGGCACGUUCCUGGAUCGGCUAAGAGGCCGAGUGGUGGAAGACAUGGACGCGGCAAGGAGGAACGUGGUAGGAGUGUAUCCAAAGGAGUUCUCCGUGUUUCAGGUAUACAUGCAGAGCUACCACAGAGGCGUGGCCAAACGUCUCCGAGCCAUCACUGCAGGGCAAGUGCAGAUCACCGAUAUCUACUCACUGCUCGACUGGGUCUACAACAUCUACAACAGGGACGUGCUGGGCACGGUGGGUGCUAUGGGGUCUAUAGACUGUGGAACUCUCGAGCCACUGCUUCCUGCCGAGGUCAUGGACAGACUGGAACAGGAGUGUCUCGACACCGUCUGGGAUAAGGUAACUAUGGAGCUCUCUCAGGUUCUGGAGGAUGAGGAGAAGCGAUGGACUCAGACUUUACACAUUGAGGAGUACCAGUCCGGCCUUGCACGUUCAAUCAUACAGAGGCUGAAGGUGGACUUGGACAGAUCGACGGGUGUCAGUCAGCCUUUGGGAGCUCGAGUGGCCCGGUGCACUCUCAAAGGGUUAGCCGACUUCCUCCACAGUUUCCAGAGAAAGGUGGAGAUGUUCCACGAGACUCAGGCGGAGUUUGGGGAUCGAGCUGACGGUUACGUGUCCCGCACUAUCGCUCUGGCCAACUGCGUUCCUCCCUUCAGGAGCUUUGUGGAGCGCUGUAGGCAGUGUGACCCCCUCGGCAGUGAAGACUCCUCGCACAGAGCGCACUCAUCACUCGAACGCAUCAUCAACCAGUCUGUACGAGUUCUCAGCGACAGACUGUUCGAAAACAUUAGGCCCUUCUUUGAUAAACUGCUCAGAAAGAAAUGGCUGAACAACACAGAGGCGUAUGAGAGCAUCGAGGCCUCCAUCAAACAGCACUUUAAAAAGUUCCGCAGGAUGGACUGUCCUCCCUAUCAGACACUGGUGAAUGAGGUGCACAGGCGGGUCAUGGUGGAAUACGUUCGUUCCAUCAUGAGGGGGCGGGUCAUCUGCACAUCACUCAAAAUGAGGAAGAGGCUCGCAUUCCGGCUGCAGGACGAGGCCAGACAGCUUAAAGCACUUUUUAAAGACCUGGAGUCUACCUGUUCCUGGCUGGAUAAUGUGAUUGGUCACCUGGCUGACAUCAUCCUCCUGGAGGACACACCCUCUAUUCAGAUGGAGGUGGGAGUGCUGGUGAAGGAGUUCCCAGAUAUUCGGAGGAAGCAUGUCUCGGCUGUACUGAACGUCAGAGGGAUGGUCCAGCAAGCGGAACGUCAGGAGAUUCUCGCCGUUGUCCGGGACUUUGAGACCAGCGAUAGCCCCGCCCAUGUUUCCAGAGACCAUGCCUUGUUCUCUGAGAUUACCGUGGCAACAGACAUGCCCUGCCUGGGACUGGUUCUGAUCCGUUUUGGACUGAGAGUGUCAUCGUGGGUUUCGAGCGCCCGGCCUCGCAGGAGACGCCCCAAAAGGAGUGCGAGUCAGAGAGCAGAUGAUGCUAAUGAACACGUUACACAAGAGAACCAAUAACAUCUCACUAACCAGUCAGACAGUAGAUCAUAACCAGUCACACAAGUCAAGAAGUAACUAGUCACCAAGUCAGAAUGUUACAGAAAUUAACCAGUAAUCAGCCUAGAAAUAAAAACAUUACACAACAUAAUGCAUAGUUCAUCAACCAGUAACCAAUUCAUUUCCAAUCGCGUUCCAAUUGGAAGACAGCUGCUUGAGUAGGCAGCAUUUUCAGCUAGCACUUGGCAUUUGGAUGGUAGAUUUCCCUCAAGGUAGGUGUGAGAUGAGCUAAAAAUAUCAUUCGUGAAGGCAUUUCUCCAAAACAUAAUAUGUAUCAUGAUAUAUAGGCUCACAAACUGGCUCUUUAGAAUUUAGAAAUCGCACAGCCCUACUCCCAGAGUUCCUUAUUUUGGCCAAAUUUAAGGUGGGCAUGCAUCCUUCAUGCUUUAAAUAAUCCCAUAAUUCUGUUCACUGAACUUCUUUAAAAAGUUUCAACCUUCAAGGCAGACAAAACUGUUACAACACUCCAAAUGUAAGUGAAUUGUUUGUCUCAUAGCUAGCUAAAAAUCUGAUUUGUGUUUGUAGAUUGCCAAAAGUUGUUCCCUAGUUAUAUAUUACUAACUAAUUAAAGUAAAUCGACUUCAGCAUAAGGUGUUAGCCUGCUAGUUAACCUCAGUUAUCUUGUUUAGCAGAAAAAUAGCCGCAUCUCAGGAUCCAUCCUCAGGUACGCCAAUAAACUAGCGAGAAAUAGCAGAUAAACAAAUGUAGUGUACAGGCAGCAUGCUAAAAGUUGCCACAAAUGACACAAUGACACUGAAAUCUGUCCUGAACCUGAACAAGGUUUCUUUUUUGGUCGCUAAUAAGGCGCUUCUUCCAGAAUGGAGCAACCAAACAGAUUACACAUAUGUAACCAGUGUAUGAUUCGAGCGACGCAUUGAGUAGCUUAGCAAGUCAACAUGUCUACACAAGACACAAAUCAGCUCGUAUUGGUCAAAUCCAUGCGUUCCACAAGACAAGCACAGGAAGAAAUAGAAAAAUGUGACCCUCACAUUUCUUUGAGGCAUGAGGAUUCAAACAGGAAGUACUCUCCAUUAUUCACACAGCUAACAGGAAGUAGACUUAAUGACCGCCGAGUCAUCAGUCCCUCUGUCUGACACAGCUAAUGGUUCCUCCGGUGGAAACAGAGCCCUAUUCCAGUUCACUCGAAACAAUGGAGUGCGCUUGUGAAUAGACACAGGGUCUUGUCCCAUUUUAAUCUAACUUAUACUCAUGUGCAUUGUUAAAACUGCUGGAUAAAUAACCUAUAAAAAAGUAAUCGCUUACAAGAUAUCCUUAAUCCUUCUCAGAGAUAGGAUGUGUCAAAGGAAAAAGUGAUUUCCGGAUGAACUGGUUCACAAAUGUGUACAAAUCAGAUGGAAAACUUUUUUUAUUGGAGGAGUGUCUUUUUUCGUUAUAUAUAGACACGCUUGAGCAGUUACUGUCGAAAACAUUGUGGUUAUACAGUGUAUAGUUAGUGUUUAUCCUGAAUAGCUAGCUAGGCUAUCACACAAUCCCAUUAAUCAGUGACAGAUGGAAAGUGUGAAUAUGGGUCACUGCCAGGAUCGAACUUGUCUACUCGAGUUUUGAUUUGUUUGAUUGCCUAAACAAAUCAAAACUUGCAUAGCUAGUGCACUUAAGUUGGUUUUAGACUGUGCGAUUUUUGCUGUUUUUUAAGAUUAUUACUAGUCACACUAUAUGAAAUCACAAUAAAAUCUGGAGAUUAUACUAUGAAGUAUAAUGUUUAAAGAAAAUGACUACACUCUGCUUACGUCAUCAAUCAUUAUCGUAUCCGAAAAUCAGCUCGUGCAGAUAACGGGCUAGCUUAAACACAUAUAUUGUGGCCAGUAGCAUGUUCUGUUCACGUUUUUCACCAUCACUACUAUCGUGUUUUUUUUAGCUGUCCUGUGUGUUUGGUGUCUUCCUAUUGGUGGCUUUUAGACGAGCAUCGAAGCACCGCUCACACUCAGCGUGAGAAAUUUCCCACACUGCCAGAACUGUCAGCCAUCUUGGUUGGUUGCAGUGGCACGAAAACGCCCGCCGCUAACACGAGCACAUUGUGCGUUCUAAGACCGCUGAUCUCAACUUAUAAUUUUUGUCGUACAGUGUAAAGCUGGCUUUUGACACUAUUUUGCUGUCAACAAUCAUUUUCGGAGACUUGGCUAAAUCUUUUUUGAACGUGCGUAUCACACAGUCUGAGAGAAUAAACAGUGGCAACAGUGUCCUAAGUAUUCAUAUUCUUUCUCUUUUCUGAAGAUUUAACACAUAAAACUCAGGCAACUUGUGACAAUAUUGUCAUUUAGCUUUGGAUGUUCAUGUGUGCACCUUUACGAUGGGAUUUUCAGUAUCACAUUAAGAGAUUCGUGCAUUAGCGUGGAGUAAUGUUUAGCCUGGAGUGAAGGUGAAGAACCACAGGGACCAGUCAGACUGGAGCAGAAGUGAUUUGGUCUUACUAGAUCAUCUUCUGCUUUAUAAGGAUGUUAUAAAAAUCGGUAAUAAGGAAGGUGAUGGCUUCAUGAGUGAGAAAUCAGAGUAAACAGGAUGUAGUAAUGCUGUUUUUGAGAGCAAGUGUGUUUAGUAAAAGAGGUCGUAGUGCUCUCUAAGCUAGGCUUGGUUAGGUUCUGUGAGUGUUAGAGGUUCAGGUAUGAUCUUUCUUUCAAAUUUCAGUUAGAGUUUUAAUCUCCUUGUGAUUGUGCUUAAUGAUGCAACAACUCAUAAAUCAGAAAUACUGUGUGUCCAUUGCCAAGAAUCUUAAAGAAAGAUUUUUUAUAGUCUGUACUGAGGUGAAAAAAUUAAGUGUAUCAUAUACAUUCAAGCCUAAUUUUUAUGCACAAUGACUCUCCAUAGUCCAAAAGAAAGAGUUUUUUAUUAUUAAAGAAAUAUUUUCAGUAACUGUACUUAAUCAUAUUAGUAUGAGCAUCCUUCUCAAUAGCUGGUCUUGAACUGUAUCUAUUCAAUUAUUUGUGCAGUUUCUUUGUGAAAUUCUUGUGAAAUCAAUUGAAAGAUAUGAACUGAAGUGAUGUGAAACAUAAAUGGGAUUAUUCUAAUGUUAAAGAUUUUCAGUGGAAAUAAAAACCCAUUGACUGGGUAUCGAAACAAAAA